GAGAAAAUCAUAACAAUCAAUUUCUUCAAAGAGCGAGAAUUGUUAAAUAUCAUGAACAACGAAGUUCCCUGCAGAUCCCUCAUAGAGUCAUCAUCUUCUUCAAGUAAUACUAAUUCUCUCACCCAGUUCACAGAUUCCUGGCCUUUCUCUCAUCUCUUUUUGUAACAGUCAUCUUCUUCUUCGAUCCAUCCUAGGUAAUUUCUUUUGGUUUGUUGAGAUAUUUUCAUGAUGGGGAUGAAGAAUCAUGAUGAACAGGUGAUGGGUUUUGAUGAUGAUCAUCAUAUGCUGAUUCAUGAAAUUCCAAAAGGGUGUCUUGCGAUUAAGGUAGGAGGAGAAGGAGAAGAAAAACAGAGGUUUAUUAUACCGGUGAUGUAUGUGAAUCAUCCUCUGUUUAUGCAGCUGUUGAAGGAAGCAGAAGAGGAAUAUGGAUUUGAUCAUAAAGGACCCAUUACUAUUCCUUGUCAUGUUCAAGAUUUUCGACAUGUUCAAGGAAUCAUUGAUCAAGAAAUCAAUAGUAACCGUUAUCAUCUUCAUCACCAUCAUCAUAAUCAUCAUCUUCCAUGUUUUAGGGUUUAAUUGAAGCUAGAUGCUUGAUUUCUAUGGACUAAAUGUUCAUCAUCAUCUAGCUAAUUGUUGUGUUUUUUAUUUUCUCUAUUGGUGCUUAUUAUGACAAAUACAUAAUACAUAUAUGUUGCUUAUUUGUAAAUCAGUGUGUUUUUUACAUUUAUAUCCCUAAUUUUAAUGGAAGGUUUUAUUA